AUGACGUCACGUACGGAAAAUCCACUAUCCAGGUCGUUAGAAAAGAAGACGAAAAAAAAAAAACGCCAAUUAUUAUGGUCUUAUAUAUUAGAGGUGGGUCGAACUCAAAAAUAUGGUCUCGAACCGAACUCGAACCGAACCUUGGUAUUUCGAACCGAACUCGAACCGAACUUUUUAAUCGUUUAUCGAACCGAACUCAAACCGAACCUUAGUAUAUCGAACCGAACUCGAACCGAACUUUUUGGUGUGAAGUCGAACUCGAACCGAGCAUUUUAUUCAACAUCGAACCACAUCGGUACCAUAUAUUUCAUUACUAAACUGAACCCAAAAUAA